AUGGCGUCGGUGCAUCUAUGCGGCCCCAAGGUGGCGUCCGCGGCGAUGGCGAAGCCAGCGUUGGCGGACGGGCUCCGUGUCCCCCCUUCGUCGUCGGCGCGUCCCGUGCCGACGGGGCGGAGGUUCCGGGGCCUCGUCGUCAGGGCCGCCACGGUCGUGUCCCCCAAGUAUACUUCUGUGAAACCAUUGGGAGAUAGGGUACUAGUGAAGACCAAGACUACUGAGGAUAAAACUGCUGGAGGGAUAUUGCUUCCAACAACAGCUCAGUCAAGACCACAAGCAGGGGAGGUUGUUGCAGUUGGAGAGGGGAGAAGCUUAGGCAGCAACAUCGUCGAGAUCAGUGUUCCGGUUGGUGCCAAAGUUAUUUACUCUAAAUACGCUGGUACCGAGUUGGAAUUCAAUGAUACCACCCACCUCAUUAUGAAAGAAGAUGACAUCAUUGGUAUUCUUGACACUGAUGACGUGAAAGAUCUGAAGCCACUGAGUGACCGUAUUCUCAUUAAGGUUGCAGAGUCUGAAGAGGAAACUGCUGGCGGUUUGCUAUUGACACAGGCGUCGAAAGAGAAGCCUUCUGUUGGAACAGUGGUCGCUGUUGGCCCUGGGGGUUUGGGCGAUGAUGGCAGCAGGACGCCCUUGUCAAUCACUCCUGGGAGCAGCGUGCUGUACUCCAAGUAUGCGGGAAGCGAGUUCAAGGGUUCGGAAGGCGAGUACAUCGUUCUCAGGUCAUCCGACGUGAUAGCUGUGCUGUCAUCGUAA